AUGUUUCAGUGUCCAUCGUGCGGCAAAGGCGGAUUCAAAGAUGAGGUCGCUGUGGCCCAUCAUAUGAAUCAGCCCCGCUCAGGAUGUCAUACUUUCCUUGACUUAUUCAAUUCAGACGAGAACAGCGUGCACCAUGCAACUAAUCUUUACUACCCAUUCAGUGGCCGGAAAGAUUGGGAGCUUGCGUCAUGGCUACUUCGCUUGGGAUUAAGCAUGGGGAAGAUAGAUAGCUUUUUGUCACUUGAGAUAAUCCAGGGUCUUCCUCUGUCAUUCUCAUUGGCCAAGGAACUGCAAGGCAGAGCAGAAAUGUUGCCAAGUGGUCCACACUGGAUGUCUCAAGUCAUUGAGACAAAGCAUCUGACCAAAUCACCUGUCAUAUUAUAUUGGCAUGACCCUUUGGAUUGUAUCUCCAAUCUACUCAACCAUCCAUCCUUUCACGACCAGUUAGACUUUACGCCUUGCAAGGUAUAUACCACAGCACAGCAGCUGUGCUGUGUGUACUCCGAAUGGAUGACAGGAGAUGACGCUUGGACAAUGCAGGUGCAUAUCUUUGUUUGUGCGACAUUACUUGAAAUGAAUCCCUACAUCGGGACCAUUCUAUCAUCCGACAAGACAAAUGUAUCUAUGAUGACGGGUGACAGAACAUCAUUUAAUUCUUUCGUGCUCACUGCCCUGCUCCCCGUGCCAAAAUUCCUUCAUAAAAAGAAACGCAUGUGUGGUGUGCUGGAGGAUCAUCUAGUCCAUCAAUGCUUGGAUCUUGUUCUAGAGCCGCUUAAGUGGGCUGCCCAUGAGGGAAUUAUGCUGUCAGAUCCCAUCGGUUCAACUACACUCGCACAGAUCACUACUGCCCAUAGCAAGGUUGAUUCCAAUGACAUUGAAGCUUUCUUCCACGAAGUGCAGAAGUUUCGUUCAAAUGGUAUCAUAUGCACAGUUGGGGAAACAGAAAUUGAUUUCCCCUUUUCAGCAUUGCAGCCUGUGACAGGGUUUCACCAUUUUUAUGGUGGCAUCUCAAAGCUGAAGCAGGUCACAGGGUGUGCCCAAUGUGAUAUACAGCACUCGAUUAUCGUGGUCAGUGUGGAUGCGGUGCCUAGUGCUGUGAUGACUGCUUCGCCAUGGAUCGAUGAUCGUGACAUUGAGCGUAUUUCCACAGUGCUGGCCAAAUUUCACGCCAACAAACAUGCAAUUACAGCUGCUGGGUUUUGUCGUGGGAAGCGCAACAAGCCUAUCAAUAACUGGUAUAUCCCGAAGAUAGAGCUCAUGCAGAAUAUAGCUCCCAGCAUACGUAACACUGGCAUCACCAUGCAGUGGAGUGCAGACACUACGGAGCACGCACACAUAACUGAGAUCAAGGAUCCCGCACGCUCAAGCAACAACAAUAACUACAAUUCACAAAUCUGUCAUCACCUUGACUGUGCAGACAAAUGUCGUCGUUUUGAUCUUGCAACAAUUCUAUUAGACUUGAGGCUGCAAACCAACCUGGACCAACACCUGGACAUUGAUAAUGACGUCAUUGAUUUUGAUGUUGACGAUGACGAUGACCUCUCUGCAAACCUCUUGUCCACAGUCAAGUGCCCUGGAUAUGCACGUCCAAUCACUAACUACUUUGCAAUGGCAAAGGUCCUCCAGCACAGGAAGGUUGGGACAAUCCCUCUGCCAUUAUGCACAUUCAUUGUUGGACGUAUGGCCUUUCAUCUUGCCUACAGCCCGUAUGGUCAUAUUCAUCCGCUUGGAGGGGCUAGGAGGGCUGGGUCCAACACUUCGCUUCCAUUCGAGAAACUACAGAUAUGGUUCAAACUUCAACUUCAGGAUACGGAAUUUCACGAUACCACCCACAUGCAGCCUGCACAGACCCUAAACUGCAUACCACCUUCUGACAUCUGGCCCUUCGGUCGGUAUGAUACUGUUAUUGUCAAUAACGAGGAUGGGCACUCAUGGCCUGCUGAUGGUCUUCGCGGCCAUGCCAUCGCUCAAAUCAGGCUUAUUUUCUGUCCAAUUAGAAAGAUGAAUACACAGGGGGCUUGGAAGGAUCGCUUCCUCACAUACGUGCAACGCUUCAACAACAGCAGUGAGCGCGAACCAGCUACGCACCCACAUCUGCUCAAGAGGGCGAAGCGAUCAAAUGGGACUCGCAUUGGUGAUGUUAUACCAGUCACUCAGCUCAGGGCACCUGUUAAUGUUGUCCCUCACUUUGGCGCAAGUGCAGACCCUCAUCUCACUCAAUAUAAUGGUAUGGAGCAUGCAUCAGAAUUCUGGCUCAAUAAGUACUGGGACAAAAAUACUUUCUUCCCUCUUUCGAUGUAG